UCCGCGCGGUCCCCGCUUCACAGCUCGGCCCUCGGCUGCGCUCGGCUCCCGCAGGCGCUCGGCCCCUCGCCCCUCGGCGUCCGCCCCGCCGGCCGGACAGGGAAAAGCCCAUGGCUGGGCCUGCCACCCAUGUUGCUGCCCCCAUGCUGUUCCUCGCCCUCCUGCUGCUUCUGGAGCUGAGCCUGGCCAGCUCCCUGGGACCUGGAAGCUCUGCUCAGAACCUUCCCGAGAAUCACAUCGACCUCCCAGGCCCAGCACUGUGGACGCUCCAGGCCAGCCACCACCGCCGGCGGGGCCUGGGCAGGAAGGAGCGGGGCCCAGGCAUGCCUGGCCGGGCCCUGGAUGGAGCUGUGGUCACCGCCACCAGACAGGCCUCCAGGCUGCCAGAGGCAGGGGGGCCACUGCCUGGACAGAGCCCUGCAGGCCUGCUGCAGAGCCAAGAUCUGCUGGCAGGGCUGAUGCUGCCAUACCCUGAAAAGGAGAGCCGGUCUCCAGGGUCAGAGAGGGUGAAGAAACGUGGCAGGGAGCACAAGAGACGGAAGGAGAGGUUGAAACUGCACCGAGGCCGAGCCUUGGUCAGAGGUCCCAGCUCCCUGAUGAAGAAGGCGGAGUUGUCAGCAGACCAGGCUCCAGAUGCCAACACAGAGGACUCCUCUACCAGCCUGGCUCCCACCCUACUCUACCUAAGCACCUAUGAGGCAGCACCUGCCACAGAAGAAUCCCUGAUCCUGCCUGUCACAUCUCUUUGGCCCCAGGCUCAGCCCAGGCCUGACGGCGAGGUGAUGCCCACACUGGACAUGGCCUUGUUUGACUGGACCGAUUAUGAAGACUUAAAGCCUGCGGUCUGGCCCUCUGCGAAGAAGAGAGAGAAGCAGCGGGGUAAGCUCUCCAGUGAUGGGAACGAAACAUCACCAGCUGAAGGGGAGCCUUGCGACCAUCACCAGGACUGCCUGCCAGGGACCUGCUGCGACCUCCGGGAGCACCUGUGCACGCCCCACAACCGAGGCCUGAACAACAAAUGCUUUGAUGACUGCAUGUGCGCGGAAGGGCUCCGCUGCUAUGCCAAAUUCCACCGGAACCGCAGGGUAACACGGAGAAAGGGGCGCUGCGUGGAGCCGGAAACUGCCAACGGCGACCAGGGAUCUUUCAUCAACGUCUAGCAGCCCGCUUGCGCCAGGCGCCUCCCCACCCGCCUGGCGACUGAGCGCGGAAGUACUCGGGCAUUUGUUUAGAACUAGCGGUGGCAGAUUAAAUUGCGGGACCGGAUGACUGAGGCUGGAGCUCAGGCCCAGGACACUCAGCCCCCAGAGGCCGCCGAGCAGCAUCACACCUGCCCCCACAGGGUGCAUGGGAAACCCACAUCUCCUGCGCAUCCCGGAAUCCGGGUUCUCCGCGAUGGCAAUGUCGAGAGUGUCCUCUACUGUCCAAUAGCAGUACUGCAACAGCGUCAAGUAUAAAAAGGAAGCGGUUUCUGAGCUGGAAAAGAGUGAAAACUCCCUGAGAGAUAGGGAACCCUGAGGGCGGGAGAUGAGUACGGAACACCUCCUAUGUACCAGGCACUGUGCUAAACGUGGGGCAUGCGUUAUCGCCUUUAUCACAUGACCUUUUAAAAGUAGGCGUAAUCACCAUUUUACAGGUCAGGAAAGGGAGGCGGGGUUAUGACUUGUCCAGGGUCUCAGAUCAGUGCUCCUCAAGAAUCCCCGGGGGAUCUGGUGAAAAUGCAGAUUCCAACUCGGUCGAUUCUGCAUUUCCCACAAGCAUGUUCAGGCUGCUGGACCAGGGGCUCCCUGAGAGGACCAGGUCCUAGGCAGUCAGGGGUGGAACUGGCAUCUGAACCUGGGCCCCUCAAGCUCCGAGGCCCCCAUCUAUCCUCCUCCACAGCUCAGCACACAUUCCAGGUUCUCCGUGGCUUUCGAUGAGAGAAACUCGUAUUCCCUGGGAGUCCCUUUUCCUGUGGUGAAACAGAAUCUCUGUUCUCUUCCUUCCUGGGCAAAGGUGUAUCAUUUUUAAAACAACACAAAGUGUACAUGAAGCACCUGUUUGCUUGUAAGGCAUGACUUGGGCAGACCGGCCCCUGCCCUCUGGGAGUUUCUGAGACAUGAAAUGUUUGGGGGAAAAAUGGUAAUGACGUUCCUUUUUUCUGUGGCUCUGCUCACCUCGUCCUGGGACAUGCCCCUUGGAGCUGCCUGGCAGCUGCCACCUCAGGGGUUCUUAGACUUUUGGAGUGCAUGUCCUUUGAGAAUCUAAUGCAAACAUGGACUCAAAAAAUACACACACUGGAGUUCCCGCUGUGGCUCAGCGGGUUAAGAAACCGACCAGUAUCCAUGAGGAUGUGGGUUCAAUCCCUGGCCUCGCUUAAUGGGUUAAAGGAUCUGGCAUUGCCAUGGGCUGUGGUAUAGGUUGCAGACAUGGCUUGGAUCUGGUGUUGCUGUGGCUGUGGCAUCGGCUGGCAACUGCAGAUCCACUUUGACUCCUAGCCCAGGAACUUCUAUGUGCUGUAGGUGCAGCCAUAUAAAAUGCACACACACACACACACACACACAUUCACAUCCCCCAUGUGCACCCACUUUGCAUUCACCUCAGUGGUUCCCAGGCCUCCCGGAGACCAUCCCAGAACCCCCAGCCUACACUUCUGCCAGCAGAGCCCAGUGAGAACUUGGGGUACCUCUGAGAUGCUUUCUGAAGCUAACCGCCCCCACAGGUCAGACCCUGAUGCCCACCUGGAGCAUCUCUCCCAGCAGAUGUGGCUCCAGGGGCCACCUCAGGGAAAGCCACUUAAAUCCCACACCCCCACCCCCACCCCUGGCAUCACACUUCUGGCCAACCCUCAGGUCCAGGGCAACCCAGGUUGCAAGCCUUCACCAUCCAGAUUCCUCGUGGGUCUGGACACUUGCCAGAGGGACCACGCCCGCAGGAUGCCAGGGCUGUUUACUCCGCUGGGAAAUCAGUCAGGGUCAAGGGUCCAGCACCAAGGAAAGCAGACAGAUCUAGAAGAAACCAAAUACGCUGGCUCUUUUCUCCCUAUUCAAGUUUCAAGGGCCUGGGAAUCUAUCUUGGGGAGAGGAGGACCGAAAGAGAUCAAAGCCGGCUAUUUGCAAAUUGAAUCCACUAGGAGUUUUGUCUGUUUGAGACUAGACAAGGCCCACACUGUGUGUCUCAGAUGGGGUGGCUGAUUCGAGACCCUGAUUGAACCCCAGGGAACCCAAGAUUGCUUUUGCCUGAAGGGGCAGCGGUUAGGAUGGCCUUGGGCCAUCACUGAUGGAAAACGCAGAAGUUCAGGUCAAAUCCGAAAGCCCCAAGAACUCUCACUGCCUCCCAGGGGGGUUCCAGGGCUAGAAAUUCAGGGCCUUUUUGCCCUAGCUACUUCCAGUUUGCAUUUGCAAAGGCUCAGUGGGUGGAAUCCUCUUAACAGAGUUAGGGAUAAAAGCCCUUUUCAUGUUGUUAACUUCUCUGCCAGGAAGUUCUUCCUUAGGUCUAUCUUAAAUUUCUUUUGCUAGUACAGAAGCCAAUGUCCCCUAAUCCAGGAUUGGACAAACUUUUUCCAUAAAGGCCCAGAGAAGUAUUUUAGGCUGUGUUCCAAUGAAAUUGUUUAGGGACACAGAAUUUUCACCUGUCACAGAUGAUUUUUUUCUUUUUUUCUUUUUUGGCCUCCUGGUGGCAUAUAGAGUUCCGAGUCACCGUUGUGACCCGAGCCAAAGCUGCGACCACACCAGAUCCUUAACCCACGGUGUCAGGCCGGGGAUCAAACCUGCGUCCCAGCGCUCCUGAGGCACAGCUGAUCCCAGUUGUGCCACAGCGGGAAUUCCCAGGUGAUUAUUCUUUUGAUUUUCUAAAACGCAUUUUAAAAUGUGAAAACCUCUCUUCACUUGCAGACUACAUAAAAACAGGCAGUGGGUUGGACCUUGGCUGCACAUUAGAAUGAUCUGGGGAACUGUGGGGAAGAUUCUGGUUUAACUGGCCCAGGUGGUGUCUGGGCAUUUGCAAAGCAUCCUGGCGACUGACCUGCACUGGGCCUGAGCCCCCUGCCCUGCGUGGAAGGGCAGCUGCUGGCCUCCACUAUGGCUCGCCAUCUUGGUGACCUUAGGAAACUCAGUUAAGGUCUCUGUGCCUUGAUUUCUUUAUCUGUAAAAUGGGGAUAAUAACUCACCCUUCCCAGGGGCGUUGUAAGAUGUAAAUGCAAAAUCCUUGCGACAUGCUUAGAACAGUGCCCGGCACAUAGCAAGCCCUCCGUGUGAACUAAUUUAUUUUCUAGGAUGGUUUUAGUAGGUAUUCUGGAUUUUUUUUUUUUUUUUUUUUUUUGGCAAUGAUUCAUCACAUACUCAGAGAUCAUUUUUAAAGCCACCAUUCAGGCUCCUUCCCUAACGUGUGUCCCCUGGAACCCUGGGGGCGUGAGAUGCUCCAUUGGAAAAGAAGGGAUGGGGUUCGUGGUCAAAGAGGUUUGGAAAACUGCUCUGGACUCAGCCCGAGGCAGCAUGUACAGAUCCUGGCCACCGAGGCAGAGUUGCAGGUGUCAGUGGCUUUGCAAUAACAGGAUCAUGAGUUUCUAGAGAUACCCACCCCCCGGGGUGGGGGUAGGGGGCAAGCUACGCAGGAAGCCAAGUGGAAACCAAUAGCUGCUGAGCUGGUCGCCGGUGUCCCCUGCAUUCCUCCUGCGGGAACCUUCCAGCCGUUCCCCAGAGGUACCCAGCGUUCCCACAGGGCUGCCUGGCCGUGAUUUGUCUGGCGAUGCCAGGAGUGGCUCCUGAGCCUGCUGGGAAUGGCCAAAGGGUCUGAAGACAUGAGAGCCACGCCGCGUGGGAAAGUGACAGCUGCACCUGCCCCUUAAGGAGUCAUCCAGCCACAAGUCACCUCCCAAAGCCACCACUGAGAGAGCCACAGGUGGAUCCUUACUGCAAGCCAUAGUCAAGCCGUCCAAUAACAGCUUAUGUCGAGAUGGUGGACUUCAGCUCCAGGCAAUGGGGUUCACUUUGCCGCUGGAGAGAGACAGUGACCACGCCUGUAACCUGCAAGGAACAUGUUUCUAAAACAACAGAACAACAGGGGGAAAAAAGGGGUGCUGGGAGGGACAGAGGGAGGGGCCCAAAGAGCAAACAGACCACUGAUGUUCCCCAUUGGGGGUGUCAUGGAGUUGAAAGGGGCACCACGGCCUCCGUGAUGACCUUCACUGCCACGGGAGACAGGAGGGCGUGUGCUGGGGAGGGGUCGGCAGGACCAGGGGCUUCCAUUGCAGGGAGUGUAUUUUCAGAAUUCUCAUCAGGACAGAAGGGCUGAUAGAGCAUCGGCUGCCUCUUCUGGAUGCAAGAGGCUGUCUAGUCCCUCCGACCUCGCCCUGUGGUCCAGGACCAGCAGCGGCCCAUCACCUGGGAGCUUGGCCGAAAUGUGGGAUCCCCCUGCUGAACCAGAGUCUCCGGAGGUGGGUUUUCGCAAGUUCUCCAGGCCGUCCUUGUGCUCGUGUCUGGGAUGCAGAAGGGGAGACAGGACAGUCGGACGGUCAGGGACAUGUAGAUAUGCCUCGGGAGGCAUCUGCGUUCAGAUGCGAGUUGGCAAAUCUGAGAUCCGGUUUGCCUCGUUAAGAGCCAGUACUGGCAAACUUGCAGGCUCAGAGGCCCUGCCUCCUGGGCUGGAACUGGCCUUUAUUUUUCAAAAUUGUUUUUCCUUUUCAGAUUCUUUUCCCAUAUAGACUAUCACAGAAUACUGAGUCCCCUGUGCUCUGCAGCAGGUCCCCUGGGCCAGGCCUUUAGUUUUAGAGGAAACCACGCGGAGCACCUGGGCCUGAGGCCUCUGUCACUGGGUUGUCUGACUCUUAGGAACUUCCCUGGGGGGGGGCUGCAGUUCCUCUUUAAGGUUUGGGGGCAGCAGGGGAGGGGGGAGGGCUACGCCCUUGUAGUCCUGUGAUGGCGGGUUGCAUGCGCUCUCUGGAGCUGUAAAUAAAGACACCAUGGUUAAGAAGCUGCCGUGUUCUCUCUCUCUGACAGGCCAGGAGGUGGUCUGUCUGUGUGGGCAGUGAGCACACACAGGGCGUUUGGGGGGGUGUCUCAAAGGCUGGUAUUUCUCCAGCUCCUUAUUCAUCCGCUCCACCUCUUCCACUGAGUGUUUGCUCUGAGCUAAGCAGUCACCAGGCAGACAGAGUCUCUGCCCCCCCCUGGACCACGUCACCAAGAGGUCCUUUACCCAGACCUCCUGGGUGGGAGUUUCACAUUUGUAUCUCCCU